AUGGCUGAAUUUUCAGCAUUGAUGGAGCAAAUGAAGCAAAUGCAGCUCCAAAGCACAAGCGAGGAAGAACAUCGCCACAUCCAAGCUCAGAUCCAAGCUCUCAUUGAGCUUGAGCAGCAGAGGCUGGCCGCGGAAGCCGAGGAGCGCAAGCUCGAGCAGCAGAGGCUGGCCGCCGAGGAGCGCAAGGAAGCACAGCUCAAACGGAAAACAGGUCGCGGCAAGUACGCCAUCGGUUCCCACGGCGCCCACGUUGAUUGGGCGGGCUUUGACGACAACCACCACGUUGUCGUCAUGGGCGAGUGCAAAAAGCAGGAGCAGCCGUUCCAAGAAUAUGGGGGCCAGGUUGCCAACGAGCUCUUGCGACUGGGGGCCAUUCCAACGUUGUAUGAGAGCAACAGCGACAUAUCGCUGACUCGGCGGAAGGACAUUUUGUGGCCCAUCAUCAACAUCAACGUGGUGGGAGACCAUGUCAGCGCCUACCUGGCUUUGCAUGUGAUUGAUGUUCCAUGGGAGCAGUUUAAGCGCUGCCUGGCAGAGAUUCUGCCAUUGUUCGAGAUUGACGAUUUGAACGCGAAGCCGAAGUCAUCGGGGCUGUUCUUCUUGCGCCUCGGUGCCGCGAACUUUGAAAAAAAUCCGCGGCAGUGGAAUCUGAAGGAUUCGUAUGGUCCCAACGUGCAGGUCUACAGCAUCGGGAAGCAAAACAAGGAGCAAGGCAAGGUGUUCAAGCACUUUGACUACUGGGGACGCACGGCAAAUCUCUGCAGCAGCCUCUCGGCACAGUGUGUGCCUUACCAAGAUCGCCGCUACCCGCCUGACGACCGAAUCUUGACAAAACUCAGUCAACUGGAUGUGACGGGCUCGUUCUAUCAGAAGUGGGAGGUGGCGAGGCUUGCAACUGCCGUGGAUGUGCUCAGCUACCCUUACGUGAAGCCGGCAGACACCGUCGAGAUUGAGCAACUGGUCCAGGUCAUCUACCAACUGAAGGCCAUCCAUAGCGUUGACUUUGUGCACGGCGACAUUCUUCCUCGCAACAUUCUUUUUUGCAGCGACUGGGAAGGGCAUCCUGCGGCCUUUCUCAUCGACUUUGAUCUCGGCCGGUUUCUUGCUGCUAAUCCUGCCCACAACCCCGUCUAUGCCUCCAAUUUUGCCAGGGAAGGAAAGCCGCUGGAGCCUUUUCCUACGACGACCUCACACAUUGACACCUACUUUUGGACCCCCUGGGCUUGA